UAUUCAAUAAAAUUGGAAAUAAACUUGUUGAAGUUUUAAAGAAUAUUUAUGAGAAGAGUUUAGAUAUUUUAACCAAAAAAUGAAUUUGAUUGUAAAUGUGGUGUAUUUGUAACAAUACAACCACCGAAUCGGCUAUAAAUAUUUGCCCCACUCCCUUCCCAAAAUUACCAACACAUCCAAAUUUAGAACAAUAAUACAAUACAAAUACAACAUCUCAACUACAAAAACCACUAUGUCGGAGGAAAACCGCCACCACAGCCUCUUCCACCGCCACAACGAGGACGAAGAAAAUGUCCCCUCUAAAAACUCCACUUACUCUUCUGACCUCUCUGAAAACAAACUCGAUGCUUACUCAGAAAAUAAGGUCGCCGCCGAGUACGGUGGUGGCUAUGGGGAUUCUCACAAUAACGUCUCUGAGUACGGUAGUAGGUACGGAGAGUCUGAAUAUAAGGCUGGCGAGUACGGCGGUGGUUAUGGUCAGUCCGAAAAUAAAGUCGCCACUGAGUACGGUGGUCUGUCGGAAGAUAAGGUAGAUGAAUACGGUGACGGGUAUCGUAAGUCUGCAAGAAAGGUCACUGGAGAGUACGGUGGAGGGUAUGGUGAGUUGGAACGUAAAGAGGACGAAUAUGAUGGUGGGUAUAGUAAGGGUAGACGUAGAUCCGGCGAGUACGGUGGUGUAAUGGAAGAAAAGGGCGGGGAGUACGGUGGUGGAUACAAAAAAGAAUAUGAGGGAGGAAAUGAAGAUGAGAAUUCAGAUAAGGAAGAUUACAAAAAGGAAGAGAAACACCAUAAACACCUUGAGCACCUUGGCGAGAUUGGUGCCGCCGCCGCCGGUGCCUUUGCCUUGCAUGAGAAGCAUGAGGCAAAAGAGGAUUCAAAGCAUGGACACAGGCACAAGCUAGAGGAGGAGAUAGCGGCGGUGGCUGCGGUCGGAGCGGGUGGCUUUGCAUUUCAUGAGCACCAUGAUAAGGAAGAGGCAAAAGAGGAAGAUGAAGAGGCUCAUGGAAAGAAGCAUCACCACAUAUUCUAAGUUAAACCCUCAAUAUAAUUUCCACAGUAAUCUUAUUGUCCAUUUCAAAAGUAAUUAAUUACUAUCAAAUACACGUGUCGUCAUAAAACUUAAAUAAUAAACUAUAUAAAAAUGGUUGUGUUUUGUGCUUAUUUUUUAUGUUAUGUUCUAUUUCUUCUCUCUUGUGUAAAGAGAGUUUAGAUAAAGGUGUGGGAGGGGAUGGAGAUGUAAUAUGUUUAGCUAUGUCUUCAAUAUUUGAUAUUCCAUUUUGCCUUCUUA